UUUUAUGGAUAAAGGGGAUGGAGGAAGAGGUGGCCAGCUGAAGGGUACUCUAAAAAGAAAAACUCAAUUUAGGGAAGCACAGAUGAGUCAGUCACUGAGGAAGAACUAACUAAAAGAGAACCUAAGUGAAUAAGGCAGCAUCCCAGGUUCUAGUUUCAGAUACCCCUUGACAUAACUUUUGAACUAUCCGGAAAAAUACUGGCCAGGAAAAAUGAUAAAAUUUUUCCUCAUGGUGAAUAAACAAGGGCAGACCCGACUUUCUAAAUACUAUGAACAUGUGGAGAUUAAUAAGCGUACACUUCUGGAAACGGAAGUCAUAAGGAGCUGUCUCUCCCGAUCCAAUGAACAAUGCUCUUUCAUUGAAUUUAAGGAUUUUAAGUUGAUAUAUCGACAGUAUGCAGCUCUCUUCAUUGUGGUUGGAGUUAAUGACACUGAGAAUGAGAUGGCAAUUUAUGAAUUCAUCCAUAACUUUGUGGAAGUUUUAGAUGAAUACUUCAGCCGCGUGAGUGAAUUAGAUGUAUCCUUUUUCAAAGUCAUGAGCCAGGUUUUCCUCAGUACUUGGCAAAGCACAGGCUAGUCCUGAUCAGGUAUGUAAAUUGAAAGCAGGGCUGCAAGGGGUGAGAACUGGCCCUUGGGCUCAGGGAGUAUGUCUUUGGGAAGGGGAGGCCCUGAGGGGCAAGGGAGCCAAAACCUUGUCAGCACGAGAGCUGCAGUCAGUGCUGUCAUGAGUGAAGAGUCUCAGAAUGAUGAACAGUCCCCAAGGGAGUCAGCCAUUUACCUGGGAGAGGGAUGUGAAGGUUCCAGAUUAAACAGGUCUGCACUCCGCACUUCUCCGACUCUCACUGGCCUCUCACUGGCCUUCACCGUCUCCUUAUUUUCUCUAAGUGCGUUCUCUGCGUCCUUCGAUGCCAUAUCCAUCCGCCACUAACCUGCCCAAGUCUGCCUGCCUGCCUUCCGCCCACUCCUUUUGUUCCACGCUUGCGGCUUCCAGCUGUUUGACUCAGAAAUAGGGACAGCGGGUUAUGAGGGGCAACAGUAUUAGGGGAAAAAACAAGAGAAAUGGACAGGCUCAUUUGACCCAAUGCUGACUUUCAUAUUUGUGUGAUUUUACAUAAAUCUAUAUAAAUUUUAAAAAAACUACACCUGGAUGUCUUGUUGCUCUCAGAAUAUGAAUGGGUCUUUAAGGAAAAACGUAUUGAAAACAAACAAAACAAAACAGAUAAAUUCCUUUUCAGCGGCCUAAUUCACAGGAGGCAAUACUAAGCCUAAAAGUGAGCAGCAGACUAUAUUACCAGUAGAGUAUAUCCCGGACUGUGCAGUGUCGUGAGUCUUCUAUAGAAUAAUAUUUGAAUUUUUGUAGAAAAUGUGAACACAAGGCCCUUCACAGUUUACCUAAUUUCAUGGGAGACUGAAUUAAAAUAUAAACAGGAAAGCAAGUUUUUUCUCCACCCCACUUAGUUUUUCAACAACUUUGUUAGCUAGGAUCUUAAAAAGAAAGAAAGAAAGAGAAACCAAGGAAGACGACAAGGGAUCUAAGACCAAAAUCUAGAAUUAUACAUUUUAGUUUCUAGGCUGAGUUCUGCCUUAGAAUUGCCUUUCAAGUCCCAUUUGAAUGUAUGCUGCUCAGUUUUCUCUUAUUAAAGGAUAAAUAGACCACUACAGUGGUGUUAAAUUACCAUACUGAAAAAGUGAUUUAUGAUUCAGAGACCAAAAUUCCAAUGUGGGAACCAGAAACAUUUUAAUUAGAAAAUUGGUUUCAGGUGGCACUAAUAUUACUGGGGUCCUAAGAUGUUCCACUUCAAUCCACAUUACACAUAGAAAUUCAGCAAGGCUUUUGGGUCUCAGGAUUGGAAAAAGUGGGGCUUUCUGAAUCUGCUCUUUAGGAGGCUGGCCGUAGUUCACAUCAGCUCCAACCACAGGGUGUCCACAAGGGGAAACCAAGUGCCUUAUGGAUCUUUAAGUCCGUCAAGUUCAGUAUAACCCGCAACUAGGACCCUCUUGAAAAAGUCCCUUCUCAGCUCACCACAGUAAUAGACCAACAGCCUGGGCCUUUCUCGCUUCAUCCUCUUUGAGAUGUCAGGGUUGAAGCAUAUUUGCCUAUGUUUAUUGCCACAGGGCUUUGCAUUAUAGGGCUUUUUUUUGGUCCCUGCUCACCUGACAUGUAGCUCAAAUGCCAUUAUUCUUGGCUUCACCAGUGUGUACAAGUUGCUUAUAAACCAAAUCAAGAUGUAAACAACAGCUGGAUUCUUAUUUUAAAGGAGUCACAUGAUUCCAGGUGGAAAUCUGCUUUCAGGGUUUUGCCUCACACUGGAUUUGGUCUGUGUUUUCCCUAUAUGGUGCCAGAAAGCUACAUGGUUAUUAAGGGUUUGAACCAGAUACUCAGACAGGCAGUCACAUGCCCACGGUACAGGGUGAUCUCACUGAACAACUCAUGUUUCUAGGAUGUUGGGAAAUUCAGACUUGUUGAAAGACUUUGUCUUUACAAUGUGAGGAUGUCAGUGGUUGAUAUGAUUCAGCAGCAAUUCUAAUCUGAAUUUCAAAACAAGUGGCUUCUUGCUCAAGGGGACAUCUGAAUUUUAGAUCAUCUACUUACCAAAGUCUUCAGCUUGAUCCCUAAACUAACUCAAAUAGACAGAUUAAAAUUAGAUCUCCUCUCUCCAAGAAAAUCAUCUUGGAUGAGUUCACAUAUUCAAUGCACCAAGGCUUUCAUUGCCCUUAAUGAAAACAAAAGGGGGAUUCUGCAGGCCAUUUUUCAUGCAGCCCCCUGUGCUCCCCAACUCCACUUUGUACUGAGCUGACAUUCCCACUUUGGCUUCUAAGUUCUGGCUUCUGGGUCUGAUGGAGUCAAGGGCCUAAUAUUCCAGUCCCAAUUUGGUCGUGGACAAAGCAAUCAUCAUCUAUAUAAUUGCAAGACAUUAUUAAUAGGUAUAUCAGAGUAAAGCUUUUUUCUUUUUUCUUUUUUUUUCUUUUCUGGGUCAUUUAAGGACAGUUCCCAUGGGUUCCUGAAAAACAGUUUAUUCUGCUAGAGGACUAUUUGCACAGAGCUUAAUGAGAUAUUAGUGCAGAGCCUAAUAGGAACUUAAAAGUCAUUCACAGGGUUGUAUCAUUUUCUGUAGAUGUACUUCACUAAACAAAUACAAUAUAGAUUUGAACAUGUGAAAUUAUUGAGAAAAAAACCAGGUGGUAACAAUUCACUUUACCAAGGUUCACUAUUUAAUUAUGAACUUCCCUAGUGCAUUUAAAUCACUCAUUUGUUGACUGAACAAUGAACAAUCUGAAACAAUGUUUCAAUCAGCUGUUUUUUUUUUUUUAAGAGACCAGGAUCAUGUUCUUUAAAGACAUGGAUUAAUAAGCUAUUAAAGUAUAAAAUUCAGAACCAUUCAACUAUUGUCAUCAUCUUAUUGUAGUUCCCAUUCUCCUUUCACAAAAGUUCUCUGAAGGGGCUACUGGGAGAAGAAUUUGGCUCCUUCCAAUUAGCUAGACAUUGUAGUCUAACAACAUUUUCGUCUUCCCCCAUGUGCUAUACUGACUUUCCACUAAGAACAUCAGUGGAAGUGGCUCCAUAUUUCUCAAAUGAGUAUUUUUAGAACUGUUCAUUUAUGCAAGAUAGUCUCAUGAAUUUCAGAAUUUUUAUCUACUUGGGAAUUAAGUCAGCAUUGACUUGCUUCCUUCAUUCAUAUCUACUCUUGGUUAUUUUUUUCUUCAGCGCGACAGAAAAGAUAGCUUAAGACAUAAGGUUUUGUAAAAGCAUUUGGUUUUGGAUGAAGUAUUUAGGGCUGAGGGAGGCUAUAUACUCAGUAGCCUCAGGCCUCUCCUGAGAAGUGUAGAAGCAGAACCAUCAAGCCAAAGCUGUGGACGUAAAUUCCAGCUCCUGGCAAUUACCAGCCAUGUGACCUUGGACAAUGGCUCUGAGCCUGUUUGCUCCAUGCAAAAUGAGGAUAAUGUGUAACAUUUAUACCAUAGAGUUGUAGAGAAGACUGAAAAAAUUAUGUAAAACAACACAAUGCCUGGAACAUGAGUAUUCCAUAAAUCGUGGCUGUUACUGUUGAGGUUAUUAUUGUCUGGGAAGACAAUACUGUUCUUGUCCGGUCACCUUCUUGCCGAUGUCACUUACUUUAUUCUCUAGUUCAUAGUAGAUUCACUUUCCCUCUGGCUAAAAGGUAUAGCUAUUCCAUUUCUGUGCACAUAGGCCAAUUAGCUUAACCAGGAUGAAACUGGGUGUGCAUGUGUACAUUAAGGUAAUCAUUUCUAAAAUAGACACCAAUUUUAAAUCUAAUUUCAUAAAUUCUGUAAAAUAAACAAUACUUCAUGCUUAGACUGAUUUACAUGGGAAAAAUCAUAGGCUAAUCGUUAUUAUUUACUGUUACAUGUUAAUGUUAAUAACAUUUUUGUAUCUCUAGAACUAAUUUCCUUAAUGUGAACUUAGAUAAUGUUUAAUUUGGAUAAAGUACACAUUAUUUUGGAUGAGAUGGUGUUGAAUGGCUGCAUUGUGGAAACGAAUCGGGCAAGAAUUCUUGCCCCUCUACUCAUUCUUGAUAAAAUGUCAGAAAGCUGAAUAAUGGAAGUCUCUGCCAGACAACAUCAACUUGUGGAAGUGAGAAUACCGUGGAAUACCUCUUUACAUCUGUAGCCCAAAGUCUGCAAGACUGUAUACUGCGAAAUGGGGUACCCUUACAAAGACAUUUUAUAUAGGUGUUUUCCACAGUUCCUAAGUGGAAAACAAACUGUAUUUUAAAAUAUGGUGUACAAAGAAAAUUUUUCUCUAAGAGACAAAUUUUAUUUUCUAACCAUAAGUAUUUUUUCCCCACUUGUUCAACUUUUGUUGGGUUCUGAGGGUAUCUUUUUUGUUCUUUGCUUUCCUUUGUAUAUUUAAUUCAGGAUAGCAGCAUGAGAAGAACAUGAGACAACUAUCAGCCAAUGAAGUUCUAAACACAGAGCACUUCGAAUGUUUUCUGAAUGCUUUUUCUUUAAAAUGUCUUAAGUCCAAACUUCACUGAAUUGUGUACCUAAUAAAAAUCGAGAAUUAAAUUUGA